AGUGGGCCUAAACGUCUGAUGUGUAAAUAAGGUGGAGUCAGAGCUGGGUUGACUACUUACUGCAUUGUUUGAGUGUUCUGCCAGACGGACAGUGUGGUGGAUUUUGGGAACCCCUUUCCCCUUCACUGCAUGUGGUGAGAUCGCCUCUCUCUCCUGGGGCCACAUGAAGGUGAAAGGAUGCUCCUCCAGCUACAAGGACUGUAAGGUCUGGCCUGGAGGCAGCCGGGCCUGGGACUGGAGAGAGACUGGGACCGAUCAUUACCCAGGAGUACAGCCUGCUGACCUGGAGGAGGUGCUGAAGAAGGGAAUAGACUUGCUGGUCAUCGGCAGAGGCAUGAGUGAAGCUCUGCAGCAGGUAUCCUCCCGUAACAUGUCCUCUCCAGAGAUCGCCUCUCUCUCCUGGGGCCACAUGAAGGUGAAAGGAUGCUCCUCCAGCUACAAGGACUGUAAGGUCUGGCCUGGAGGCAGCCGGGCCUGGGACUGGAGAGAGACUGGGACCGAUCAUUACCCAGGAGUACAGCCUGCUGACCUGGAGGAGGUGCUGAAGAAGGGAAUAGACUUGCUGGUCAUCGGCAGAGGCAUGAGUGAAGCUCUGCAGGUUCCCUCCUCCACUCUGGACUUUGUGAAACAGAAAGGGGUCGACGUCAGAGUCUUGCAGACGGAGAAGGCCGUCGCUGAAUACAACAAACUGGCUGGGCAGGGCGCCAAGGUGGGCGGGGUCUUCCACUCCACCUGUUGAUGAUUCCCCCCUUGCCCCUCGCUGCACCAACUGUGAUGACCUACAGAAGAUGGGGACAGCCUGUGGUGCACCACUGCCCACAGUCUGUUUUGCAAUAUGUAUAGCUGAUUAUCUCUUCUAGCUCUCAUCCUGUCUCAGCUACAGACAACUGAUUUAGGGUAAGAUUGAAACAUCGUUCAAUUUGAAGAGAGCAAGCCUCUAUUUCAGCUGUAUAAAUCAACGAAUUCCUAGAGAAAUGCACUUCAGAAGGCCUUGGCAUAUUUGACUCAGCUGCACUUACACAGGAUGAAGAGACCUUCAUCCUGAAGUGUUGUCUAAACAGGGAGUUCAGUUUGUCAUUGAUAUAAUUUCAAACAUCACUUUUAGAUCAAAGUGAAUAUAUAGUACAGGUAGAUUUUACUUUAUAGAGGCCAAUUUUGUGGAAUGUAAAAGUACACGGACCACUGUCAGGUAAAAGAGACAGAUAAAUAUAAAGUAAAACAUAAUGAAUGUACAGUAAAGUCCACUUUUUAAUGAGGUGAAAACUUUGUUUGUUUGCUACACAACAUAGAAAAUGAAUCAUCUCCAUCACAUGGGUUUGUCUUUAUAAGAAACAAUUGUCCAAAAAUAUCCCUGACACACCACGAGGAGGAAAAAAACAAAACUCUUGUGCUUCCUACGACUUAACCAUGAAUUAUUUUUGCUUGGCCAAAUUAAAAAUUAUGUAUUUUUCUGUACAGUUUUAAUUCAGGUCAGUUAUUGUUAGUUAUUAUUAUUGUGAAUGUAAAUAUGCAAUGACACUGCUAACACUAAUUAACUCAACAUGGCUGACUUGUUUCAGUCCUGAUCCAAAAAUAAAAACAAUCCAAGAAACUGUUUCAUGUGAAAGCUGAAGAGAGUCUUGUUAGCGUCGCGCAGGUUUGGGCAUGAUGAAGACUUUGACGGACUUGCUGAACGGAAUGGUUCCCUCCACGGUGGCUUCUGGUGGCGGGAGGGCGUCGAUGCUGUCGCUCCACCCGAGCUUGGAAGCCGAGGAGAGGGAGGUUGAGGAGGAGCUGUAGGCCAGCAGGAGACGCACCUCAAUCUGAGACGGCUCUGGGAGACAAAGACGGAGAGGAAACAAUGUCAAACUGAAUUCAUAGAUAAGUUUAAAGGUUUGAGUUGUGGGCUUCUCCCUCUCAAAUUUCAUACCUACCUAGAUACAUAAUCUAAAAUCCGAUACAAAACUUUCUUUUUACUCAAUUUAAACAAUUGGAUAUUAUUCUAAUGAGCUAGGAGCUAGUUACAAGUAGCAUUGGUAGCUAAUGCUGGUGUUAAAUUGAAACAGGAAUGUGAUUGGGGACUAUAGCGAGCAGACACACUGAAGCUACAGGCACAGGAGAGAGAAAGUUGGAAAGAUCUUUUUUUGGACGGCUGCACUGAGUUCGAUAUGUAGCCGAAUCCCUAACUCUGCUUCUUGAUUAAUCUUUAAUCCCCAAUUAAGAGCAGAUGGAGAUGAAAGCAUUUAAAAAUGUCCCUAAAGCAGGAACCUCAGAUGUGUGUGUGAGAGUUACACCGACCUGUCCAUGCGGUGUGCGAGAGGUAAACCUGUGUGAUGAGUCUGUGUCUAUCUGGUCCAGGCUUUCUGAAGUCUCCAGGUUUAGGAUGGAUCACGUGACUCUGGCCGUCUGGAUACAGAACCUGCAGAGACAGCAGGUGUUCAUAUUCAGAGCGAGUGAGCAAGCAGCAAAGGGUUUUAGCAACAAUGAACACUGAUGAUCAGCCAGUUGCAAAAAUCUGUAACUUUAAGAGUAGAAGAAAGUCUCAUUACUAACCCCCCCCCCAGAGAUCCAGUUCAGGGUUUUCCACAGGAUUUAAGUCCUUAAAACCAGCAUUCAACACUGACUUUCACUGGGACCAAAGCAGCACUGAGCUAUGCGUUGAAUAUUAUGUAUAUUUUUACUGCAAUUAAAAUUAUUCACAUGUGAAGAGUGUGUGAGGUAGUUUUAUAAAACUAUGUCCAUGUAAUAUUACAUGAUAAAAAUGUUUUAUUUUAACAAAACAGAAAUCCUUGUUAUUGUUCUGCAACACCUCAUCUGCUUGUCACCUGUCGCAACACAAUAAAGCCUGUUUCCAGAAA